AUGGGGCUGUUGAAGCGUCUCGUCUUUCUGGCAGCGCUGUUAUCACGCAAUGGUGUCGCCGCGCAGAGCUUUGCUUCUGUGCUUACGGAAGCACCCCAAUGUGCUGCCGAUUGCUUAAUUACGCUAUUUAGUCAGGAACCGUUUGCGGGAAAAGAUCAAAGCGCCAUUUGUCAUGACCAACAAUUCGCCGAUGCCAUUGGAAAUUGUCUUACGGCGAAAUGUGAGGUACGACAGACAUUGGAUUUUAUUAAGCUGUCAUCAGCCGUAUGCGGAAUUAAACCGACCAACAAUGUCCUCCUGUAUCGAACGACGACCCUCACAAUGUCCGGUUUGGCCUUGCUAUUCUUCGCCUUGCGAAUAAUAGCCACAAUCAAGUUACGUCUUGGAUGGGCUUUGGAUGAUGCGAUGGCGAUUGCUUCGGUUGUCCUUCUGAUACCACUUGUCAUCAUAUUGCAAUUCUUGAUGGAAAACGGUCUCGGUGUUGACUUAUGGUAUCUCACAGAUCACCAGAUCACUGAAGGGUUUAGACUCUUCUUCUUCCUCGAACUCCUCUACCUGAGCGCACGCGUCCUCGUCAAGUCCACGAUAUUAUGCUUCUUUCUACGUAUUUUCAGCAAUACCAAAUUCCGUCUCGUGGUCAAGAUUACAAUAGUGUUCAACGUUCUUAUCGGUCUCGCAUUCUUCAUCCUCGCCUUCUUCCAAACAACACCACUGAGCUUCUUCUGGGUCGGAUGGCAAACCAAGGAAGCAGAUAGAGUCAUGGUGGGAAUUAUACGGCUGACGCUACCACACGCGGCACUUGUUCUUUUGUUGGAUAUCUGGGUGCUCAUAUUACCGCUCAGCCAGCUUUGGGAGUUGGGACUGAAACUGAGAAAGAAGAUUGGUGUCAUGGCCAUGUUCAGUUUCGGUAUCUUCCUUACAAUCGUUGCUGUGAUUCGAGUACACGAAUUAGUGCUCUUUGCCAGAUCACAAGACUUGACAGUCAUCAAUGCACAAAAGGCCAUGAUAUGGUCCUGCAUUGAGAUAUGUGUGGGUAUCAUGGUAUCAUGCAUGCCUCAUAUCCGCAAUUUAGUACGACACACCAAAUUACGCAUACGCAAAAAGAUAGGGACGGAAAAGGGAGUUGCCAACCAAGGAAUAUUUAUUGAGCGAUCACUUGCGCAGAUAUCAGUGGCUGGUUCGACAUCAGAACCAGCGUUGUUUGACGCGGGAGGGUUAUUGAAGGACACUUCUGCGACGAGAACAAUGACAACCACCACUACUACUACUACUACUACUACUACUACUACUACGACGACGAUAGGUGUUGGCAAGGAGAGUCUAAAUGGAAGAUCGAGCAAUUAUGCAAGCGAUGCAGAUACACAAGUUUAA